UCAGGGCGCGCCAGCCUGGCGGGGGACAGCCAAUGAGUGGCGCUGGCGCUGGCCGGCGGCCGCCUGACACCGCGGGGUGGGGCGGAAGCCGGAAGUGUCCGGCGGGGACUCGGCGGCGCCAUGGGGGCGGCUCUGGGGGUCUGCUCGCUGGCCAGCUGGAUUCCCUGUCUGUGCAGCGGUGCCUCGUGUUUGCUGUGCCGAUGUUGUCCCAACAGCAAGAACUCGACAGUGACCCGUCUCAUCUACGCCUUCCUCCUCCUCCUCAGCACCGUUCUCGCCUGCAUCAUGCUGGCGCCAGGGAUGGAAGAGCAGCUGAAAAAGAUACCCGGAUUUUGUGAUGAGGGCCUUCAUACCCAUAUACCGCAUCUGAACGGCUUUGUCAGCUGCGAUGUGUUUGUUGGAUACAGAGCAGUCUAUCGAAUCAGCUUUGCCAUGGCAGUGUUCUUCUUUCUCCUCUCUCUGCUCAUGAUAGAGGUGAAAACAAGUAAUGACCCAAGAGCCUCGGUGCACAACGGGUUCUGGUUCUUCAAAAUAGCUGCCAUUGUGGCCAUCAUGGUUGGAGCGUUUUACAUUCCUGAAGGGCCUUUCACAAGAGCUUGGUUUGCUAUUGGUGUUUGUGGAGCCUUCUGCUUCAUCCUUAUCCAGUUGGUGCUCCUUGUGGACUUUGCUCACUCCUGGAAUGAGAACUGGGUUGACAGAAUGGAGGAGGGAAAUUCUAAAUGUUGGUACGCAGCUCUGCUGUCCUGUACGAGCUUGUUCUACUCCUUGUCACUGGUUUUCGUUGUGCUCUUCUAUGUUUUCUACACGAAGCCUGAUGGCUGCACUGAGAACAAGUUCUUCAUUACCAUUAAUAUGCUCCUGUGCAUUGCUGUCUCCAUUGUUUCUAUCCUUCCAAAAGUUCAGGAACACCAGAGUCGCUCCGGUCUCCUCCAGUCCUCGGUGAUCACGCUCUACACCAUGUACCUCACCUGGUCAGCCAUGUCCAACGAGCCUGAACGAAGCUGUAACCCAAGUUUGCUGAACAUCAUUACCCAGAUAGCUACACCCACGCUUGCUCCAGCAAAUACCACUGUUGUACCUGCUACUCCAGCUCCGCCCAAGUCCCUACAGUGGUGGGAUGCCCAGAGCAUUGUUGGACUGGUUAUCUUUGUCCUUUGCCUCUUGUAUUCCAGCAUCCGCUCUUCAAGUAACAGCCAGGUGAACAAGCUGACGCUGUCUGGGAGUGACAGUGCCAUCCUGGAGGAGACUGUGGGGACAGGCAGCGGGGCUGCGGAGGAAGGAGAAGUGCGCCGGGUCACGGAUAACGAGAAGGAUGGUGUUCAGUACAGCUACACCUUCUUUCACUUCAUGCUCUUUCUUGCCUCUCUUUACAUCAUGAUGACACUCACCAACUGGUACAGCCCCGAUGCGGAUUUUAAAACCAUGACCAGUAAGUGGCCAGCCGUGUGGGUGAAGAUAACCUCCAGCUGGGUUUGUCUGCUUCUCUAUCUCUGGACCUUAGUGGCUCCUCUUGUCCUUACCAAUAGGGACUUCACUUAAAGUGCUGCCCCUCAGAGCUUACAAAGUGAAGAACUUUUUGCUAAAAGCCAAAAUGUUCAUGUAUUGCUGUAGUUACACUCUACGUUACUGUUUCUUAUGUUCAUAUUAACAUGCAGGGAGAUAGAAAGUUAUGUACUGCAUAAUGCUUGAUGCAGGAUCAAAAUUAUCAGUUAUCUUUCUAUUUUAACCUUCAGUCAUAGUUACCUUAUUACUGCGUUUCAAAAACUCACUACAGCCAUGCUGUCAAAGCACAAGAGAAAAAAUCUGUCCAAUGGCCACAACCUUUCUAUUGAAUAGAAGUAACAUUUAGCUAAAUAUUAAGUAAUAUAUUUUAAAGAACAAUUAUAUUUAGCAUAAUGCACUAGUAUGCUAAUGCUUCAGUUCCUGGGAGUGUAAGCCAUGCUGCUUGAUUUCUACAUUCCACUGCAAAAGUUUAUUUAAAUUUAUACUUACCUUCCUAUGUUGUGGCAAAAACCCUACUAUUCCUCACCAAAAGAACAGAACUUUGAGGUUGAAAAAGUGAUAAACUCUAACUCCUUUUAAGAACUUCUAAGAGGCAACUUCUAUGGUAACUUCUUUUUUAGUACGUUUGCCAAAUAUUGAGUGGUAAGUGUAUGACUAGCUUAAACAACUCUAUGAUUAUGGUGGAAAAAUAGAGUUAAUUGAUUUCACUUGUCUAGUAUGCUUCCAAAAAUAAUGUACAUGAAGUGAUUAUUAUUGGCACUAAGGCAUUUGCACUGUAAAGUUGUUUGAAUAAAGCAGAUUAACUACUGAAA